GGGGGGGAGAGCAAAGAGGGGGGGGAAGGGGCGGAGGGAAAGCGCUACCCGCCCGUUGUCCAACAGGCGCUCGACAACAUGCAACGGCUCGGGCCGGAGAUAGUCCUUUUGACGCGGGUUGGGGGGUUCUACGAGCUGUAUUUCGACGCCGCGACGCAGUGGGCGGGGCGGCUAGGGCUGAAGCUGGGCGAGAAGCGGACUGUAGCCGGACCUGUUGCUAUGGCGGGGUUCCCGUGGUGGCGGCUCGAGCAGUUUCUUAAGGUCCUGGUUAAGGAGGAGGGGAGGUAUGUUGCUGUUUGUGAGGAAUAUCCGAAAGCCGGCGCGGUCGAGAAUGAGUUUGUGACCGGAGAGGCCAUGUUUGAGCGCCGCGUGCAGAGGAUUGUUACCCCGGGGACACUCAUCGAUGAGGAGUGGAUUGAGGCUGGGGAGAAUCACUUUUUGCUGGCGGUCGAGAAUAAGGGCGCGGGCGAGAUUGGCCUGGCUUGGACGGAUCUGGGAACGGGCGAGGUCUGGUGCAGUACGUGUGGAACGGAUGGGCUGGCGGCGGAGUUGGGGAGGAUCGGGCCGAGGGAGGUGGUCGUCAAGAGUGGCGAGACGGCGCUGGAGGGCGUGGAGGGUUCGGGCGCGUGGGUGCUGACGACCCAUGAUGCGUCCGAGGAGACGGAGAAGAAGGGGAGGCUCCAGACGUGGGAGGCGCUGGCGGUCGAGGGCGAGGAGGUCGAUAAGAAUGUGCUGAAGAAGUUGAGUCGGCUGGAACAUGCGGCGGCUGCGAGGCUGCUGGAUUAUGUCGAGUCGAGGCUGCCAGGCAUCGAUGUCAAAUUACAAACUCCCGUCAGGCGGAAGGCGAGCGAGGUUAUGGCGAUUGAUGUUAAUUCCAUGAGGGGGCUCGAGAUUAAGGCUACGCUGAGGGAUGGCUUUGCCAAGGGAAGUUUGCUGCACACGAUCAAUCGGACGGUCACUCGGGGUGGGAAGCGGUUGCUGGGGAACUGGUUGACAAAUCCAUCGACAGACAUCGACAUCAUUGAAGCGCGGCUCGACAUGGUGGAAGCCUUCCUCAAAGACGACAUCCUGCGCGAGGACAUUCCCAUCCUGCUGAAGCGCACGUACGACUCGCAACGGAUCGUGCAGAAGUUCUCACUCGGCCGAGCCGACGCCGACGAUCUCGUGGCGCUGGCACGCACCAUCGAGGCCACCACCGACAUCCUGCGCCGCAUGGAACGUGCCGACGACAAAAAGACGUUUGCGCCGAUCCUGAAGCGCUUGGAUGUCCCCACAGCGCUGGCGAAGACGAUUCUCGACUCGAUUGAUGAGGAGGGGUUUAGGAGACAGCAGGCCGAGGUUGCGGACGUCGCUGCAGCGCUGUCCCAGACAGCUGAGACGGAGGAGAUGCCGGAGAGUACGAGGGUUGUUGAGGAGUUGCUGGCUGAGGUUGUCGAGGCUGGUGCUACAAAGGCGAAGAAGGGGAGAAAGAAGAGGAUUGCGAGGGGGAUUGAGAAUUCUAUCAAGAGCGCUACACUCGUAGACGUCGAGGGGGACGAGGCGUGGGUUAUGAAGAAAACCGCGAGUCCACUACUUCGGGAAACACACGCACGACUAGAGGGCCUGCGAGAAGCAAAAGGCCACCUCGAAGUGCAUCUUCGAAACAAACUGAAUGUCCAGAGUCUUACGCUCAAGUGGAGCCCGCAGCUGGGACACUUCUGCCACAUCAAGGGCAAGGAUGUAAAUGUACCCGACGUGAUUAGCGUUUCCUCGUCGAGAACCACGAGGUCGUUCUUACACCCUGAAUGGACAAAACUCGGUGAAACGAUAAGCAACACCCGGCUACGUAUCCGCGCCGAGGAGAAAGUCGUCUUCCAGAACAUUCUACGGAUGGUAUCGGGCCACAUCUCGCAGCUCCGUCGCAACGCCGCAGUACUAGACGAACUCGACGUUGCAUCAUCCUUCGCACUCCUCGCUCGCGAACAGAACCUUACCAGGCCAACCCUCACGCGGGACCAGAAACAUAAGAUCGUAGGCGGCAGGCAUUUCACCGUUGAAGCUGGUCUCCAAGAGCAAGGGAGGCAGUUUGUUAGUAACGAUUGCUUUGUGGGAGAUGUUGAGCGGCUUUGGCUAGUUACUGGCCCGAACAUGGCUGGAAAAUCCACCUUCCUCCGGCAAAACGCACUAAUCAGCAUCAUCGCGCAAACCGGCUCGUUCGUACCCGCCACACACGCGUCGCUCGGGAUCGUCGACAAGAUCUUCUCUCGCAUCGGCAGCGCCGACAACCUCUACGCCAGCCAGUCGACGUUCAUGGUAGAGAUGCUCGAGACGGCGAUGAUCCUGCGCAACGCCACUCCACGGUCCUUCGUGAUAAUGGACGAAGUCGGGCGGGGCACCGCGCCAAAAGACGGUGCUGCGGUCGCCUACGCGGUGCUGAAACACCUCGUCGAGAAGAACAAGUGCCGCGCGCUGUUCGCAACGCAUUUUGGCGAGCUCGGUGAGUGGGUCCGCGGCGAUAAGAAGGUCGCUACCUGGUGCACCGAUAUCAGCGUCGAUAAGGAUGGCAGCGCAUGGACGUUCGUCCACCGUCUGCGCAGGGGCGUCAGCACGGAGAGCCAUGCCCUGCGCGUCGCGAAGAUGGCGGGGAUGCCGGCCGAGGUGCUCGCUGUCGCGCAGGAUAUUUUGACUGCUGCUGCUGCUGAGGAUGUGGCUGUGGCUGUGGAGUCGCCGAAGAAGGCCGCACGGUUAGCUGCUGGUGCUGGUGCGAGGGCGGUGGCGGCGUAAACUGGUGGUUAACUAGGGAUGAUAGAUGUGUGAUGUGUACGAUAUG